CAUUAUUCCUAUAUCAUAAACACGCAUUUCUUCAAAAUAAACAUACAAUCAGCAAUCAUGUCAGGACACUCCAACGUUGGCACAUCUGGCGUUUACGAGGCUGGUGACCAGCGAAACGUCAAGAACUCCGAGAUGCAGCACGCUGAGCGAUUCAACGAGGGACAGGAGGGAUCACAUAUCGGACUUGAUUCAAAAGACCAACGCUCCAUCGCCAACAGGCUAGCGGCGGAAGAGCAAAAGUCAGAGCCUGGCGAUGACAGAGAAACAGCCGCCUUGAAAGAGGACCCGACACUUCCUGCCAAAAUGCACGGCAACGAGCCAUCACGAGGGGCCAAGGUCGACGCUGAAAUUGCAGCGGAAGAGGAAGAGUACUUACAACGGAAAGGCAAGGCUUAAACGAGCUAAAUUGGUUUGCAAUUUGAACGAUUCAGAGCUUAGUCGGAGAUGAGAAUGCACCUUUGUUAUUAUUAGGCCAUGAAUCAUGUAUAUUUAUCCGCCCGUGGGUAGCCAGCAAGGCUGCUCAAAAAAUUUCUGUCACUGGUAUAGACAUUUG